GUUACCCCAUUUUUAAAUAGACAAGGUUUGUGGCCAUGCAUGGUAGCUCCAAUGAAAAUAAUUGUUGGUCUUGGCUUAUCACUUGGUAUUGAUAUUCUAGAUGCUCCUGGAGAAACUGGGGACUAUCGAACUUUACUAACAUCAAAAGCAUCAACAAUAGCUAAAGCACUCUCAGCUCCUUUACAGUCCUGUCCCAGAGUUUUUGUACCUGGAGAGGAUGAGCUUAAAGCAGGCCGGCCAGAUGGCUAUGACUUUGGAUUUCUUCAUAUUAAGGCAAUAGACGAUGAUGUUCAUGACAAAGGAAACAUCCUCAAAGUCAAAGCAUUAGAAGCGGUAGAUAAAGCCUUGGGACAGCUGGCAGGGCUUCUAUGGGUAGCAGAAUCAACAGGAAAAUUUCAGUUUUUCCUUUGUGCCAAAGGAGAUCACUCUACUCCAGUAGAAUAUGGAGAUCAUAGCUUUGAAUCAGUCCCGUUCGCAAUUUGCCGAUUGAAAGACUUUGUUGGUGCAAUUGGGGAAUCCACUAUUUCCAAAUCUUCUCUUGACCCAUUUCCUAUUCCAAGUGUUAAGUCGGGUGAAGAUUUGCUUGAUGAUUUGGAAACAAAAGAGAGAAGAGACAAAUGUUGUGAAGCUUAUAGAGGUGAUUCAGUUUAUCAGAUGAAUGAAGCGGCAGUUGCAAAGGGAUGUCUGGGGUGUAUCCCUGGGGGAGAAAUGGUUGGAAUUAUAAAGAAAUUCAUUAACUUAGAUGCAGGAACUAAUUAA